AUGCGGGAGGUGCCCGAGGAUAUUCUGCGUCCAGAUUAUUGGAAGGAUGGCCUUCCAAAAGCCCGUUCUCCACGUUUUCCAUGGGAAAUCACUGCUUUGACGGAUGAGGAAGUCCAAAAGAUGCGCGUGGCCAGUAGAAUGGCUCGGGAGAUUCUGGACAUGGCAGGUAGAAUGGUGCAGCCGGGUGUUCUCACCGAAGAGAUUGAUGAGGUUGUUCAUGAAGAGAUCAUCAAACGGGGUGCCUAUCCAUCGCCUCUCAACUACAAUAAGUUUCCGAAGAGUUGCUGCACUUCUAUAAAUGAAGUCGUUUGUCAUGGUAUUCCGGACGACACAACUCUUGUGGACGGCGAUAUCAUCAACAUUGAUAUCACUGUAUUCUAUGAUGGAUAUCAUGGCGACUGCUCGGAGACUUUUCUAGUCGGCAACGUCGAUAGAAAAGGGCGACAUUUGGUGAAAACAACCCACGAAUGCCUUGAGCGCGCAAUUGCAAUUUGUAAACCUGGACUGGCAGUUAAACAUAUCGGUGGUGUCAUCGAGGAACAUGCAAAGAGCAGCGGGCUCACGGUUGUGCGUAAUUUUUGCGGACAUGGCGUCAAUUCGGUGUUUCACACCACUCCAAAUGUUUUGCAUUACAAGAAUAACGAGGCAGCUGGAAUUCUGAAACCCAACGUUACAUUCACAAUUGAACCUAUGGUAAAUGAGGGUACGCCUCGAAACGUGACCUGGCCGGACGAUUGGACUGCCACGACGUCCGACGGAAAGCGCAGCGCUCAGUUUGAACAUACGCUGCUUGUCACGAAGGAUGGGAUUGAGAAGCUGACAGGCAAGAUAGAGAGCAGCCCGAAAUAUUUUUGGGAAGAAUAGGCUGCAGUCUUACUCGAGUAUAAAAAGCCAAGAAGAACUGUUAGGCGGGCCAUUCACAGACGCUUGUGAAGCUGUCGCGACUAACGAGAAGUCUGCUUCCGUUGGGGGUAGAGGUUGAGUCAAUGAGGCGCUCUGAACACCGGCGACUAUCUCUGCAGACUGGUACGUAGGUUUUGCCAGGUUGACUCUCACAUCUUGUUUCGUUGUUCUAGUUUUCGCACCUGAAGUACUCGCAGUCGGCGUACUUUUUGCACUUAUGUGGUUCUUUUGUGCUGCCGACGUAGUUUUUGUACGACGAUGACGUCGCGGGUAGCCAGCCCUGAUCCGUAAAAAUGGCAAAAGCGGGGUGGUAUGCUUAACGCCCAGGUGCCUUUGCGGGACACCCUUUUAACCUA